CGAGGACAAUCACUCUGUACAAAACUUUUCUAACCUCCAUUAUUACGAGUCUCAAACUCACUCAAUCUAAUACCAACACUACACUCUCUUUUAGUCUUUACACCAACUACUACUACUUUUCUUUUUAUAAUCUCUUGUUGAAAAAGCAUGGAUUCUUCAGUUGCUGAUGAGAAUAAUAAUAAUCAAGGGGUUCAUGUGUGUCACAAAUGUGGUUGGCCUUUUCCGAAAUUACACCCAAGCUCCAAGCACAGAAGGGCCCACAAGAGGAUCUGUGGAACAAUUCAAGGCUACCCUGUUUCAGAUGAUGCUCAAAUUUGUGAAACCCCUAGUCCGGAAGCCGACAAGAGAAGCAUUGCUGGAGUUGGGGAAAGAUCUUACAGAUCGGAAGAUGAAGUGUUUGCAGAUGCUGUUGCAGAGUUUUCGGAUAGUGGAAUGAGUCCAGCAAGUGAAGAGCGGCAAUUGGAGGAUGUUAAGGAGUUGGAGAAGAAUGUUUCUAUGACUGUUGUGGAUGAUGAUGUUUUUAGUACCGGAACAUUGAAACUUGAUGACGUUUGUGAUUCUGUUAAACCAAUGAGCAGCCAACCCGCACAUAACAUUGCACCAUCAACUGGUCUUGCCGAAUCAUCACCAUCUGGUAAAGAUGAAGCUGAGCUUUCUAAUAAUGGUCUUUUCCUUCUCUCUGCACCUGUCGAAAACACAGAGGUUGUUGUUGAUGCAGUUCAGAACAAAGGUUAUCUUACCCAGGACACCAUUGAUGGUAGCAGUAGUAGAUUGUCAGAGAUUCAUGGUAUGAACGGGGAAGAGAAGGAAGCUACACAUGUACAAGCAGUUUUCAGUGAUCUGCCUAUAGUAGAGGAUGCUGAUAUCAUGCUGAAAGAUGUGGAAAACCAGAAACUGCUGAAGUCUGAAAUUCCUUUAGUUUUAGGCUCUGUUACUGUAGACAGAACCCUCACUAAGGAUAAUAAGAACAUGCCAGAGAGUCAAUCAAUUGAGCCAGGUAGAUAUUUGACAGAACUUGAAUCUCAGAGUACUGAACAUGAACUGUCCCACCUAUCAGGACGUGCUAAACAGGAGGCAUCUGCUGUUACUGUUCUCAUCGGAGAGGUUGUUACCCAGGACGAAAAGUCUGGUACUCAUUGUGAUUCGGUUGAGGUUUGUAAUUCAAACAGGGAACCUGAGGAAAAUAUGCAUGUGCUUUCCGUGGCUAGUGAUUUACCUAUAGUAAAUCAUGCUGAUCUUAUGCUUCAAGACUUCAAAGACCAUAGAAUAGUCAAAAGUAGGUUUCCUCUGGGUGAAAAUGUAAUCAGAUCUCUGGAAGGUGAUAAUGAACUCAUGGUUAUGGAGGGUCCUUUGAACCUUCAUUCUGUUAAUCUAGAUGGUGCUGCUGGUAAUUCUGUAGGUAACAUGAAUGAUGUGGAAGAGGACAUGAUUACAAUUGAAGGGCCUGACAAAGGAUUAGCUGACAGUUUAAAAUCCAGUGUCACAACUUGUAAGAGUUUUGAAUCUGAGGAUUUAGAAGUUCCUCCUAGUACAUCCGGAAGUGAGAAAGGGAAUAUUCAACCAAAUUGCUCUCUACAGGGUGUAGAACCUGAUUAUGAAGCGAGAAAUACGGAGUGUACUGAAAAUGAUGGCUCGAGCAUAUUAACUGACCAUAUUAAGCGAGAUGAAGUCUGCCAGAUGACCAUAUUAAGCGAUGACAACAAAAAUAAAAAUGCAAUGGCUUUAGCUGAAGAAGUCAAUACUGAAGGGAAUGAUAAUAGUGCGGUGACAAGAAAAGAACAUUCUGCAGAGGCAAAUAUCAUCUUAUUUCAUGGAGAUGAUAAACAAGCUAUUAAAUUAGGACAAAACAAUGAAGGUGAACUUGUAGAUAUUACAAUGAACUUAUCUGACGAAGCUUGGAUUGAAGACAAUACAGAGGCAGCAACUGUAGAGAAGUUCCCGACACCCACAAUGGCAAUCCUUGAACCUGAACAAGAACUUUUAAGUUCAAAUCAUUCAGCUUCUGUUCAGGAUACACCUCUAUCAAGUAUUAAGACAAGUGUUGCAGCUACCAUCAUGCCAGCUCAUCCCAGUUCCAGAAAAUUAUCACAUAAUGACUUUCAGGACGUAACCGAAGCACCUGAAUUAAACAGUGAGAAUGAGAACAGCAUUUUUGUUAAUUAUGUUGAUGGAGGCAUUGUUGAUUAUGAUAGCCAGGGUGGGGAUGUUGAAGUAGAAGAAGUUAAUUCAAAGAGGACCAUCAGAAAAGAGUCAGAAACUUUGCCUAUACAUUACAAAACUUCUCAUGAAAGCUUACCUGAUAUUAAAACUAGAAACGAAAUAGAUAGCAAAUCUGAGAUAACGCAAGAGAGUAAUGUCAAGCUCAUUGGGCAACCGGGUGGUGCUUCUGCAAUUAACCUAUCAGUUGAUUUGAGUAGCCAAACUGAGAGUGUAGAAGGCAACUGGGGAUUAGUCUCAGCAUGUAGAGCCCAGUCAGAUGAACCUGCUGCUGGGACUGAUGUCCAACCAAAGACUGAUCCUGAAGGACCUGACAAAUUAGAAGGCACCAAGUUGCAACAAGAAAUUGCAUCCGAGAGACCAGAUCUGCACAAGGCUGAUAUUUAUGAACCUCCGUCUUUCUUGACACUGGUUGAACCAAGAGGAGGAUCAGAUCAGGGAAAUGUCACAUUUGAGAUCGAGAAAGUACAGGCCAGCCAACAGCCAAAAACUGAGGUUUUACAAGCUGGAUGGUUACCUCUACUUUCUAACAUAGCAAAUGAGUCUUCAGGAAGGAAAAAGAAUGAAGAAAUGAUCGCCAAGGUGACAAACUGGAGUGCGGCCAAACAACAUAGUAUCCCCUUAAAAAACCUUCUGGGGGAGGCAAAGGUGGAAACCAGAACCAAGUCACCAAGCCCGAAGCAAACAAAAAGCAACAUUCAGAUAGAUGCAACAGUGGCCAAAAGCAAUGUCUGUUCCACUACGACUGUGAAAGAAGUUUUGGGCUCUGAAGUUUCUGCUAGUGAUCGUACUGUAAGAGGUGUAACAGCAGAGGAAUGGAACUCUCCUGCAAGGUACUCAGUUGAGAUUAAGAAAGUGAAGAAGAAGAGCAAUGGGAAACCAUUUUGGGUUCCCUUUGCUUGCUGUUCAUCAGUAAAUUGAAGCCUCCAGGAGUUCCUGGUUAGUUGGCAAACGACGAUGUAGAGAUAUACAGUUCUUUGCUGAAGUAAUUUUUGCAGUUGAAUUUUAUUGAGCAGUAUGGAAGAAUGGGGAAAAAUAGUUAUGUUCAUUAAUAUGAAAAGAGAUCUAGAACUUAUUAUAA